GAACCCUUACAGCCUUUCUCUACCUUUCUUUUCAUUUCCUCUCUUUAUAAAAAGACCUUCAAUCUUGAUCCAGGUUGGGGGAGAGAGAGAGUGAACGAGUUACCACCACCCCUUUGUUUUAUUUUCGAUCCUGCAUCUCUCAAAAUGAGGAAACCUGAUGCCUCUGGGAAGAACAGCUCCAACAGCAACGCUAACAAGCUGAGAAAAGGACUCUGGUCGCCUGAAGAGGACGACAAGUUGAUGAACUACAUGCUCAACAAUGGCCAAGGCUGCUGGAGCGAUGUGGCCCGGAACGCCGGGCUGCAGCGGUGUGGCAAGAGUUGCCGCCUCCGGUGGAUCAACUACUUGCGGCCCGACCUCAAGAGGGGCGCUUUCUCCCCACAAGAGGAGGAGCUGAUCAUCCACUUGCAUUCCAUCCUUGGCAACAGGUGGUCGCAAAUCGCGGCUCGGUUGCCGGGACGGACUGACAACGAAAUAAAGAACUUUUGGAACUCGACCAUAAAGAAGAGGCUCAAGAACUCGUCAUCAUCUUCUUGUAGACACUCGCCAAACACGAGCGAUUCCUCCUUGUCAUCAGACGUUAAAGAUGUCAUGGGAGGUCUCAUCUCCCUUCAGGAACAAGGACUCAUGCCACUUUAUAUGGACUCGUUGUCGUCCGUGCAAGCUUUGGCUCUUAACCAGGUUAUCGAUCCAUUACUACCCUCACUCAACCAAGGCCUCGACCUCCCCGGUUUAAGUGGAUACUGUGAUGCAAAUUCCAAUUACUGCGCAGUGCAAGGCGGAGUUAGUGGUGAAUUCGGGAGAUUCGGAGGUGUUGUUGGUUGUGGCAGUAAUGGAGAUCAACUCUAUGUUCCUCCACUAGAGAGCAUAAGCAUUGAAAAUGUGAAAACUGAGAACACAUAUGACAGCGAACACAAUAGCAGCAACGACCUUAGUAACUUCAACUAUACCACUGAUGAUGUCGUUGAUAACAUAGGCAACUUUAACGACUAUGGCAGAAUAGAAAGCAUGGCUGGUCUGGGGAACUUGUGGAACGGAGGAGAGGAGAUGAAAGUGGGGGAAUGGGACUUGGAGGAGUUGAUGAAAGAUGUCUCUUCAUUUUCUUCUGCUGAUUUCCAGGUUAUUCAAUAGGUGGUGAUAGCUCUCUCCCAAAAUCACCGACAGUUUUUUUCCUUUGUUUCUCUGUCCUCCACUCUAAGUGAUAGAACUAUUCUCACUUUGGAUUAAGAAAAGAGCAAGAACCCCAGAAUAUACACGUUCUUGAAUUUAGGAAACCCGUCUGUCAUAGUCACAUAUGAUUCCACAACAAAAAUAAUUUCCCCAGCUGUCCCUCUUGUCUUUGCUUAAUUUCCUGACGACCGGCCUAUGACCAUGGUAGUUUAUAGUGUAUAUCCCUUUUCUUCCCCGCCCCAAAAUAAAAAGUGAGCAGUGGUACCUGGAUUUGGAAGGUGAAGCAUCGAAUUGGUGUAAUUAAGGUGCGAACUGGCUGGUACGCACUUUUGCUUGUAAGUAGAUUGCUGAAGUCACAUUUCUGUCGUUACGCGAUCAUGUGAAGUUCCGGAAUAAUGGUCGAUGUAUACAUGUCAGAGAUGGAUGUGGGUAGACAAUAAAGGUAGAGAGAAACGUCAAGUUGGUAGGUUUGCAAAUUUGUGAUCAUUAUGUGAUGUACAAAAUCGAAAGUCGGGGGGGUGGAAGUUGUUAUUAGUGGAGAGUUAUCUGAUAUAAAGUGAAAUCAUACAUAUUUGAUGGAGGUGAUGGAAAA